AUGGCCCUGCUGUUUGUGAUUGCGUUUAUCGUCGUACUUUACUUGUACGCAACUCGGAACCACAACUACUGGGCCAAGAGGAGAGUGAGGCACGAACCGCCCGUGCCGAUAUUCGGCAACCACUUUCGGAACGUAUUCGGCAUAAAGAGUAUGACGGAGAUAUCGACGGAGCUGUACAGGAAGUACCACUACGAGAAAGUAAUCGGAUACUACCGCGGGAACACGCCGGAGCUGGUCAUCAAGGAUCUGGAAAUAGCGAGGGACAUCUUGAGCGUGGACUUCGCCUACUUCUAUCCGAGGGGGCUGGGGAGGGACCCGAAACGCGAGCCUCUGUUAAACAACCUGUUCCACGUGUCCGGCGACACCUGGAAACUGCUGCGGCAGAGGAUGUCCCCUGCGUUCACCACGGCGAAGCUGAAGAAGAUGUUCCCGCUUGUCGUACGCUGCGCGGAGAAGCUGCAGACGGUCGGCGAGGAAAUCGCGUUGAGGGGCGGCACCUGCGACGUGCGAGAACUGAUGGCGCGCUUCACUACGGAAUUCAUAGGCGCGUGCGGCUUCGGAAUAGAGAUGGACACGAUAAACAGCGAGCACUCCCUCUAUAGGGACCUCGGCAAACGGAUCUUCCACCGUUCCCUGAGGAACAUUGUCAUGAUCGGCCUGUGGGACCUGUUCCCCGAGGUCAGACCCCUGCUGUACAUCAACGAGAGGUCAAUAGAGGACUCGAUAACGGAGAUCGUGAUGAAGAUCCGCGAGCACAGGAACUACAAGCCCUCCGACAGGAACGAUUUCAUCGAUCUUCUGCUGGAGCUGGAGGCGAAAGGUAAGAUAGUCGGCGACUCGAUCGAGAGGACGAACCCGGACGGGUCCCCUGUGGAGGUCGAGAUGGAAAUGGACCUAAUGUGCAUGGCCGCUCAGGUGUUCAUCUUCUUCGCGGCCGGUUUCGAGACCUCCUCAUCGGCCACCAGCUACACCUUACACGAGCUCGCGUUCCACCCCGAGAUCCAGGAGCGGGCCCAAAGGGAAAUAGACCGGGUCCUCGAAAAGUACGACAACAGAUUGUGCUACGACGCGAUUGCGGAGAUGACGUACCUAAACAUGACGUUCAAGGAGUCGCUGAGGAAGUUCCCAUCGCUCGGAGUGCUGAACAGGGUGUGCGCGAGGCGGUACACGAUACCCGGUUUGGAUAUCACGAUAGACCCCGGCGUGAAGAUAAUAAUUCCGGUACAGGCGAUACAGAACGACGACAAUUAUUUCGAAAAUCCGGAGGAGUUUUGCCCCGAGAGAUUUUCACCCGAAAAGGAGAAGCAGCUGAAUAAUUUCGUGUAUCUACCAUUCGGCAGAGGACCACGGGCUUGCGUCGGGGCCCGUCUGGGCGAGAUGCAGUCGUUAGCAGGCCUCGCUGCUGUACUGCAGAAGUUUACAGUAAAACCGUCGAAGGACACCAAAAGAGAAUUAGAAAUCAACCACAAGAUGAACGUCGUCCAAGGAGUAAUUGGAGAUCGCCUACAAAAACUUGGCUAUCGCGUCGACUUAGUGCCAGUCGAGUAUAUAAACUACUGUAUGCUGGAAAUGUGCGGGCAUGAGGUUUUCAGGUGCAACAUACGGAACCUGCGUUUCAACGUGCCGGCCGAGUCGGACCCCGUGUGUUCGCGCGCCGUCGAGGCGGUGGCGGACGCGUCCGCCCAGUUCUCCAGGGCGAGGACCUACAUGUGGUUCUGGGCGCUGAUCGACAGCCAACUGUUCCGCCGCAGCGGCUUCGCCCCGAAGGACCACUGGCCGUUCGACGUGGAGCCCGAGGGCUACGACACAUGCCUCGACUGCCACACUUGCUGCGGCGUUUUGAAGAAGGAAGAAGAC